GUGCGGGCACUGCAAAAGACUGAUCCCGGAGUACAACGAAGCGGCGAACAUGCUGGCGGAGAAGAAGAGCGAAAUAAAGCUAGCCAGCGUAGACGCCACCACGGAAAACGCCCUAGCGCAGGAGUAUGGAAUCACAGGGUACCCAACCAUGAUCAUGUUUAACAAGAAAAACCGAGUGAACUACGGAGGAGGAAGAACAGCUCAGUCAAUCGUAGAUUGGCUCCAACAAAUGACCGGUCCAGUGUUCACAGAAAUUACCACUAACAUAGAGGACGUUCUCAAGGAGAAAAACAUAGCAGUCGCAUUCUACAUGGAAUAUACAUCCGAAGAUAACGAACUGUAUAAAAGUUUCAACGAAGUUGGAGACAAAAAUAGAGAAAUCGCAAAAUUUUUUGUAAAAAAAAAUGAUAAGCAUAACAAAAUCUCAUGUUACAGAAAGGAUGAGAAGAAAGUCGAUUACGAUGAGAAGGUACCUCUAAGCGAGUUCGUAUCGACCGAGUCCUUUCCACUCUUUGGAGAAAUCAACACUGAGAAUUAUCGCUUCUAUGCAGAGAGCCCUAAAGAAUUGGUAUGGGUUUGUGCCACAACAGAACAGUAUAAUGAAAUAAAAGAGGAAGUAAGACUCGCAGCAUCUGAAUUGAGAAAAAAAACACACUUUGUCCUUUUAAACAUCCCUGAGUAUGCCGAUCAUGCUAGAGCUUCCUUAGGAUUAAAUGAAUUCCCAGGAUUAGCUUACCAAUCUAGUGAAGGACGUUACUUACUACCCAAUGCUAAAGAAUCCCUACAUAACCACAAAGCUAUUGUAACUUUUUUUAAAGAAGUAGAAGAAGGAAAAGUUGAAAAGUCUCUAAAAUCAGAACCCAUUCCAGAGGAUGAUAAAGCUGCUCCUGUUAAGGUUGUGGUCGGAAACUCCUUCGUUGAUGUUGUCCUUAAAAGUGGAAAGGAUGUCCUGAUCGAAAUUUACGCUCCAUGGUGUGGUCAUUGCAAAAAGCUAGAACCCGUAUAUGAAGACCUUGGUAGAAAAUUAAAAAAAUAUGACAACAUAAUUGUUGCCAAAAUGGAUGGUACACUUAACGAAACACCAAUUAAAGAUUUUGAGUGGUCAGGAUUCCCAACCAUCUUUUUUGUCAAAGCGGGUUCAAAAAUCCCACUGCCGUACGAAGGGGAGAGAUCAUUAAAGGGCUUUGUAGAUUUCCUAAAUAAGCAUGCCACUAACACCCCCAUCUCAGUGGAGGGCGUUCCCGAUCUUGAGGAUGGCACUGCGGAGGAGUUAUAA